GACAUCCAGCGUCGAACGUGCUCACUUCAGGCCAAUGAACUACGGCCAAGUUCUGCGCGAUUCACACUUCUUCCUUGUAGUACUUGUAUCGAAAUCCUCGAGGACAAGUUCUUCACAGACUGGCUUGAUGACAGGUGCGGGCGGAUUUGUUACACGCAGUUAUGCGGCACAGUUGGCUAUUGUCCUCAGAUGUCGAGGACUAGCGCUGAAACAGCCAUUCCUUUGUGUGCACAUAUGGUUGUCUACUUCGAAGAUGCAAUCCCUCCAGCAUACAUCCGCAAGGCAGGCAAAUGGUCACUUGCUCAAGGAGUUGGUCCCAAGGACUUAGAGGUCAAGUUGCCGUUUCAACUUCCUGCAGGACAGUUCAAGACUUUGUUACCACCAACAUCGCCACCCUUGAGACCACCGUGUUGGCCGAAGAAAGGUGACUCUCAUCAAGAUCUACCUGAAAAAUGGCAGGCAAGACGGCUUUUGCUAGCGCAGUUCUUCUGCUUGGUUUCGUGUGGGUGGAGCCAGGUGCCAAGUGAAAGUGAAGAAUUUCGGCGAGCUCCGCGCAUUGGUCAGGUGUUGCCUUGUGUCUCUGACAUGCUGGUGGCAGCUGAGGAGGCCUUUGAGGCCUUGGGACAAGUUGGACGGCCAAAGAGCAGUAAAGCUGGUGUCGAUGCUGCGUGCCGGGGAUACGUCAAGGUGCCUCUGCUUGCGGUAGAAGAG